AUGGCGGCAUCUGCUACCUCCCAAACUGAUCGAAUUCUCCGUGAUACCAGUUAUCAACCUGAAAUAGCAAGGAGGAACCGCAAUGCGCCCCGCAGUUACGAGCAUCACGGGGGCUCCAGGUCCUUCAGCCAGCAUUAUCAUCAAUUGGCGCUUGAGGGAAGGGGAGAACUCGGGCAUUUUGCAGAUCGUAUUCUGACUGGUUGGAGUCCAAAUUACGCCGAUGAAGUGAAGAAAGCGCAGAACCGGGAUCUGGCUGAGAAAUUACAUGCUAAGGUGCAGGAGCAAUUAUCACAGACUCAGGUCGAUUCUAACACUCCGACCCGAUUAAGUAGAGAGGAGGAGGAUAGCAUCAUCGAGACGGUCAUUGGACCGAGUAGGAAGAACAGAUACAGGUGGAGAGGAUCCGAGCAUCGGCCGUACGAGUCCAGUAGCACCUACGAGUCUGCAGCUCCACCAGGAUGCAGUUCUUCUCAAGACCCGACUAUGGAGCAGCGGAUGAAAGCGAUGGAAGAUUGGCAGUCGCGUCGGGAGUCGGAGCUACUCCAGAUGGCGGAGGAAGAACGGAGGCGUCGGGAGCAGAGGGAGCUGGAAUUCACCCAGUUUAUAUCGACUCUACCUUCUGAUGCUCAGGAGGCAUAUAGGAGACGGUUUUUGGCGGAUCAGGCUGGGACUUCUCGACAAGGUGGAGUUGGUGAUGAGGAUGAGGAUGAUGAUGAUCGGGACUGAGUUUAUUUGUUUUAACAUUAAAAACAAUGGGUGUG